AUGACUUCACUUUACGCUGGUAGUCACUCUCUUGCUGCUGCAGCAGGAACACACAUGGUCACCAUGGCAGGCACCGGUGCUGAUGUGGACGGUGCUGACGUGGACGGUGCUGAUGUGGAUGGAGGAGAGGGGCCAGAAAAGGAAGCGGGAGUAGGGGAGGGCGAAGAGGAGGGAGCAGAAGAGGGAGCAGAGGAGGGAGCGGCAGGGGAAGAGGAGGCAGGAGCAGAGGAGGAGGCAGGAGCAAGGCUGCUUGAUGGGGGAGCGGAGGAGGGGGCAGAGGGGGGAGCAGAGGGAGCAGAGGGAGGAGAUGAGGGGGGUGAAGAGGAGGGAGAAGAGGUAGCAGAGCGGGGAGCAGAGGGGGGAGCAGAGGGGGGAGCAGAGGGGGGAGCAGAGGGGGGAGCAGAGGGGGGAGCAGAGGGGGGAGCAGAGGGAGCAGAGGAGGGAGACGGGGAGGCGGUAGAGGAGGGAGAAGCCUAG